AUUGUAAAAAAAUGAAUGAGGUCGAAAUGCAAAAUGAAUGGUUUCUGUGAUUAUUGGCGUAAAAUAGUUGUAGACUAUUGUGAAAUUGUCCUCUUCCAACUUUAUUGUAGAAAGUGAUUAGUGUGCUACACGACAAAAGUGCAUGUAGUUAGAAGCAGGACGAAUUUGUGGUGAAAAAAAAGUGAAAGACUAACGAACAUUUCCAGUUGAGAAAAAGGAACAAUAUUCAGGUCAGCAAAAGCUCAAUCAACAGCUGGAGGCCAUUACACUUUUUCGGUGAUUAUUUGGAAAACAAUACGAAACAUGAGUGAAAACUGGAUUGGCAAGUCGGUUUCCAUUCAGUGCCGCGGGGACAUAGGAGUGUUCCAGGGUGUCAUCAAACAGGUCAGCCCAGUUGAAAUUGUGAUAACAAAGGCAGUGCGAAAUGGAAUUCCGUUGAAGAAGAGAAGUGUCGAAGUGACACUUACCUGCAAGGAUAUUGAAAAGUUAAACUUGAUUUCCAGCACAAAUUUGCCGAAUUUACUUCCGGGUGUGGCUCAACAGAACCACACCGCUCAGCUGGAAGACACUCUAGCGACUGGAGUCGAUAAUUUAAAAUUAGGAAAACAAAACGGCCAGCAGACGGUUCGAAAUAAAACCCCCACCAGCGAGGGAAGGUCAUGUAAUGGAAAACUUGCGGCCAAAUCGCCUGGUCCCAGUAGAUACAGCACUACUAAUGGGCAGCAAAAGAAUGGAUAUGAAAACGGUUCCGCAAAAAGCACGAGUCGUCCGAUUGAUAUCAACGGAAGUGGUCCUCAGAAAGGGAAUUCCACCACACCGUUUAAAAACGAGAAUCAGAAAAAGAAAGCACGCCACGGGAACGGAAAUGGAAGCAACGGGGUAGGCAAUCGUUUCGUUAAUAAAAAUUCCGCAUUCGGAACACCCGUAGAUGACCCGAUGAUGGACGAGGAUUUCGAUUUCGAGAAAAAUCUCGCCCUAUUUGACAAGCAGGCCAUUUGGGAUGAAAUCGAUGCCAUCCAGCAGAAGCCGGAUCUGUUGCGGCAAACGACGGCAUCGGGAAAGAAAAAAUACCGCCAUGAUGAGAAUGUACUCGUUUCGGAACCGACCCAGUAUCGCCAAAUUGAGGUGGAGAACUCCGGUGCGACCAGUUCCGAUAGCGAAGAGUACGUAACAGACGAAGGACUUGUGAUACCAUCGAUACCUCGCAACACACGAAACCUGGUCCAGCAGUUGGCGGAAAACCAUGGCCUAACAACGGAACGCCAAAAUGAUCUCCUUGCACGGGGUGCCACCGAGCUUGCCCUUCAACUGCUCGGUGGUUCACGCCGUCUCACUCCCAAUAAUCAGCACCAGUGGCCAAAGAUUGUGGUGGUCUGUGAUGAACCGUACAAUGCAAGACUGAGCGAAAUCGGAAUUACCACCGGACGGAUGUUGGCCUGCCACGGUUUGAAGGUUUUUGUAUACGUAUCUUGUGCUACCAAGUCAACACGCACCAGUCACGAACUGGAACUGUUCGCUGCCACCGGCAAUCUCUUUACUUUUAAUGUCAAUACGCUUCCAUCGUCGGAUCUUGUGAUUGCAGCGAUCAAAUCGCGCUACCUGGGUGAUCCGUUGCGUAAGUGGCUGCUCGAAAGCCGUGCUCCGGUGCUGGCAAUCGACCCGCCGGCCGGAGGACUUGAGGCCAUUCCCGUAAAAUGCUCAAUUUUGCCUGUCUUGCCACUGAACGGACUGGGUCCGGAAACCAGCACCGGUAGGCUCUACCUGUGCAACCUGGGCAUUCCGGACAAGUUCUUCGCCGACUCUGGCAUCAAGUACAAAUCCCCGUUCGACAAAGCUGUCAUUCCAAUUCACCGGCGAAAAAAUUAAUCCAGCAUCAUAUCAUGUCAAAGCAUCUGUCUGCAUCUCCACCGCAAUUUCGUACGCGGAGUGGAGCUGCCAAGCCAAAGGACUCGCAAACAAAUUCAUGCAAUCGGAAGCCGUGAGCGAAACCAGUUGAUAUUAAAAUAAUUGCAUUUUACCGUAUCAUGUCACACAGUGGAAGAACCAGCUAAAUCCAAUCUGUUUGAAACGGAUGUUUUACGAGUUUAUGUUUUAUUUUCACGGACAAGAUACCAACCAACAAAAGGAAGACAACGAAAGUAACUGGAAGUUGAAUAGAAUCAAGAGAGAGAGAGAGAAAACGUUUCCGGGAGGCUUAUAAGUAUUUGAAAUGUUGCUUAAGAAGCUGACGAGUACAAAACAGAACUAGCAAUAUUCUCUUUAUAAUGGUAUAAAAACUCCUGGAAACAAAGUUAACCGUUUUUG